AGAAGUAAAAACCAAACACAGUGAACACGAAAUCGAGGCCCUCUGUCCACACCCAAACCCUAAUCACGAAUUUGAAACUAAAUCCCUCAAAAUCGAAGGCGAACACUGUGUAUCCAUUAAAAUGCAGUCGAUUUUUCGAAUAUUGACCCCAUUCGAAGAGCAUUCUUAAGGUAAAUCCCUAAAGGUUGAAGAUACAGCAAAGGAGGUCCCCAAAAAACCAGUCGUAUAAUGGAGGACGACGAUGGUGAAGGUUUGUAUUUUAGUGUGAAUAUGCACCAUGGGGGUUCUUGGUGCACUAGAAAUGGGUUGAAACACUAUGUGGGUGGCACUACAACCGAGUUUGAUAAGUGCCAUACAGAUUUCUUCAACAUGAUGGAACUUGAAGGGAUGCUUUUGCAAGUACAGUGGUGUCAUGGUUCCCCUCUGUAUUUCUGGUUUAAGCCUAAAGACAAAGAACUACAUGAUGGAUUUGAGCUUAAGACUGACAAGGAUUUGUUGGCUAUGUUUGAGGACAUGAGACAACAGAGAUAUAGGAAGGUGGAUGUUUAUGCUGAUUUAUCUGGAACUUUUGGAGGCAACAAUGGUGAAUUAGCAAUUGUGCCUGUUGAUGCAAAUGUCAGUGUUGAGAAUACACCACCUGCUGGAAGUAAGCUGAAAAGAUGCAUAAUAGAGGAGCUACCAGAUGAUGCAAAUGUGAUUGUUGAUGCUCGGGUAAGUGCUAGACCAGAUGACUAUGUUAUGUCCAAAGCAGCAAUGAGGGAUGUUGAAGAGGAAUUGGCAGAGAAUUUACAGGAUUCCAGUGGUGAUUCUGAUAAUGGGGUUGAUGAGUUUGUUGUGUACAUGCCAGAUAUUGACAUGCCAGAGUUUGACAUGGAAGAUGGUGUUGGAGGAAGUGAUGAAGACACUCAUUCUAGUGUCCAAAUUAUUGAGACAGUGGUGGAUAUUGAGUCUGACAAUGAAGGCCCAACAGAGGAAGCCCAUUUACACCCCCAAUACCCAAACACAUGCCCAAAACAUAUUUGAAACACCAUCCAAACCAAAAAAAGCCCAAACCAGUAAAAGAACACCAAAAACCAGAUCCCAAACACAAGGCAAAACUAGCCAUUUAAAUCCCUGCACAUCACCCAAUAGAAGGUCCCAAUUAACAUCCAA